CGGUGGAGCAGGAGAUGGCAUGGCCCAUGGGCGAUGGUGGGUCCGAUUCUGUCCGUCUCUCUUGCUGCGCUCGCGCUGCUCAAGCCUGUGCGUCCCCCUUCUUUUGUUGGUUCAUCCGUGGGUUUCGCUAGAAUGCGCACUUUUCUAAUCUUUCUGGAGGAGUUCAUGAGGCUGAGCUCGGCCUAUGUUUGUUCGUUCUAACCCGUUGGCUCGCCAUAGCCUGGCUCGGCCUGGUCUGGCCUGCCAGCAACAGAGAAGCUCGCAAGCAAUCGAAACGCGAAUGGACCUUGUGCUUUGCGUCUGGGGGAAUGAAUGCAUAAAACAUCGGAAGCUGCCUCGAGAGAAAGAAGAGAGAGAGAUUGAUAGAGAGAAAGUGAGUGAGUGAGUGAGUGAGAGACAGAGAGAGAGAGUCCAGAAUGUGGUUGACCACGCACGGUCUUGAGACGAGAUCCCUUCGAGUGCCAUCCCACCACGUCUGGUUCGUUGGAUGGUUCGAUUUUUAGGUGUAUGAUCUGAGUAGCUUUGUUUCGUCGGAGUUGAUGCUGCUGCCGCCCGGCCCUGGCUUUUCUCCGAAGAUCUGCCAAUGGUAUGAGGCGAGGAAUGCCAUCGACUUCGUCCGUUUGGUUGCAUGCUCCCCCUGCCGUCGCUUUGCUACGAAUUCUGCCGCACCAUCGGUCUUUCUCCUGCCCGUCCUCCUCCUCUAGCUGCUUCGACGUGCCCCACGACCGAGGGGACGAUUUGGAUGACGAGAGGCGAUGACCUCGGUGAUCUGGUCUUUGCUUGUUUCAGCGCUGAGCAGAUGAGAAGGAUCUUCAAGAAUGGUGUCUGAUGUCCUCGCAUCAGACGAGCGUGAAUGAUCGGCCGACUCCUGGUGAGCGUACCGACGCGGCGAGAGAGGAAGAGGGCGAGAGCGAGAAGGAGGUCGACGAAGAGACAUAUCGAGGAAGAGAGAGCUAGAGAGAUAUAGACAUAGAGAGGGAGAGGGAGAGAGAGAUAGAGAGCGAGAGUUUGAAGGACGAGGAUGAAGCCGAGGAGUAUAUUUGGCAAACACGAUAUCGACUCACGCGGGAAAAUUCAAUUGCGACGUCAUUUUUCAGGAAGUGCAGUUGCCAAUUGAGCGUUUAGAUAUACAGACGGACUGUCAGACAAGUUUUAUUGCAUACAUAGGGGUUCUAUUUUUUCAUAUACAAGGGUUACAUCGCAUGAAAGUGGUGUUUGAUUAGUGGUGAGUGUUUGCGGAUACAAACAUUUGGUUUGGAUUUUAUCGAUAGUGGAGAGAGACGAAUCAAUCUUGAGGACAUACAGACAGACAGACUUUAUUGGGCUCGAUCGGACAUUUUCGGCUCGAGAGAUGAGUUCUAUGGUUCAGCAAAAUGCUCAAAUGGGAGGUCUCAAGAGAGCAGGCGAAGCGCCGGGAGUGUGGGCACCCACGAGCUUGCGCGUCAAGAGAUCUAUGCUGGGAGGACGGAGGAUCAUCGGCGGGCCCAGCACUCCCGUUCCCCGCUGGAAGCUUUACGAGAAUCCCUUCUACGAUGGCAUCGCAGCAGCGGCGGCAGCGGCAGCCCAGCAGCAGAGUGGAAACGGAGGCGGGCGCAAUGUCGCCGUUUCAGCUCGGAAGCUCGCAGCCACCCUGUGGGAACUGCAGGAGCUCCCGCUUUCGUUAGCCUCGUCUAAGUCUCAAGCCUGCCCUUGCGCUCAGUACCGACCUUCUCCGACUGCAUCGAAAAGGUCUCGAGACCAUCUCCUGGCGCUCGCCGACAAUGCGAAUGCCAACAGCGGCCAGCUCAAUCCCUCGCCCCAGGAGUCGCCCCGCCAUUCUUCCUACAGCUUCGUCAAUGAGCCGGCUCCGGCCGACGUUGACAAGGAAUCCAUGGUCUCAUUGCAACAGCCCAGCAAGGGGCCAGGGUGGGACAGCGCUAAGAAGAGUUCCGUGUCAAGCAGCAGACAAGUUGCGGCGAUGCGAUCUCAUGUACAUAGACUUCUCGAGAGACGAGCGGACUCCAGGCUCGCGCAGAUUGCAUAUGCUUCGGCGAAUCCUGCUUCUCUCAUGGUCUUGAAUCGCAUUCGUGGAUUGGAAGAGCAACAGCAGCAGCAGCAACUGCCCCAGCCGCCGCCGCAGCAGCAGCAGCAGCAGAUUAUGCCCCAGCAGCCUCAGCAGGUGGUGCAGCAGGCUCAGCAGCAGCAGCAGCAGCAAGUGAACUCGACUCCUUCGUCCGUGGUGGCGGCGUUGCGGAUGGAGGUGGAGCGCGCGCGCUCGAAAGUGCACGAGCUGGAGGUGGCGCAGAAGUCGGCGCGACGAGAAAUCGACGCUCUUCUGAAGAAGAUGUCGGACGAGAAGGCGGUGUGGCGGAACAAGGAGCAGGAGAAGAUUCGGCAGGCGGUGCAGACGGUGAAGCUGGAGAUGGAGGAGGAGAAGAAGGUGAGGCGGAGAGUGGAGUCUGUAAAUAGGAAGAUGUCGCGAGAACUCGUCGAAGCGAACUUGGCCGUGGCCAAGGCAGUGAACGAACUGGAGAGAGAGAGGAAAGCUCGAGAGCUGAUGGAGGAUGUUUGUGAUGAGUUGGCGAGAGAGAUCGGCGAGGACAAAGCCGAGGUCGAGGAGCUGAAGCGCGAGUCCGCCAAAGUCCGCGAAGAGGUCGAGGAGGAGCGCAAGAUGCUGCAGAUGGCCGAGGUGUGGCGCGAGGAGAGGGUGCAGAUGAAGCUGGCCGAGGCUCGCCUGGAGAUCGAGGAGAAGAGCUCCGCCCUCGACCACCUCAAGAUGGAUCUCGAGGCAUUCCUGCACAAGGCGAGGAAGAGUUUUCACCGAGAUUCGCCUGAGGACGAGGAGGCCAAUUACAAGGAGGCCGAGGAGCUGAAGAUGCAAGUGGAUUCUCUGAACUUGAAGGAAGUGUUCAAGAGCCCGUGCUUCUACCCGGAGGCCGACAGCGCCGCCUCCGAUCUGUAUGAGGUCGAUGCCCCUGGCAACGACGUCUCCGCCGACGAGAGGCCCGAUUGGGGCUGGGGUGCUGUGCACAACAAGCGGCGCGAGGCAUCGCAGCUGCAGGGGCAUGCCGGCGAGCUGGGCCACAAGCUCGAGAGCCGCGAACAGGUGCUCGAGAGGCUGAGGCGGAAGUACUCGGACCAGAAUGGGCACCUGAACCACCACCUCCACGCUUCGAGCAAGGAGGAGACUCAGGAGGAUUCCAGCAGGCAAUGGGAGGCGUACACGAGCGACCCUCAGGAGAACGAUCGAGAUGGUGGAAGUGAUUGGAACUCUCAGAGUGACGGAGGUGCACGAGGCGAUGACGCCAAGGAGGAGGAUGGUAGUCAGUGGGAAAGUGCCAGCGACCAGGACAUCGAGGCCAUGCAGAGCAACAACAACUCUCGCCCCUCGACUCGCGGAGGGCGGGGCGGGGCCGACGAGUUCCUGCGAGGAGGGCCCGUGGCGCCCGACGCUGCGGCCGAUGCGCACUGCGGUGGCUACGAGAGCAUGUCGUCGCCUCAAACAUCAUACAUUAUUAACAACGUUAACAUCAACAACAACAUCACACAACAACAACAUCAACUUCACCAACAUCAUCAGCAGCAGCAGCAGCAGCAAGCAGCCGCCGCCGCCGAGCUCUCGUCGGGAGACGACUUGUGGAAGGUGGUCAGCAGCUCGCCGAUGUCGCGCAGCAAAGUUCUGAGCGAGGAUAGGAGUAGAGGGGAGGGAGGGUCGAGGAACUCCCUGGGCCGGGGUAUGUUAGAAGUCUCCCGCAACUCCCACAUGAGAUUGGCUGCAGAGCAGGGAACUGCCAGUCCUUCUCGGGACUGGAGAUCCCCAGAUAGGGGCAACCCCCACAUUGCGCGAGGAAUCAAGGGCUUUAUUGAGUGGCCCAAGAUGUCCCGCGAGAAUGCUGUCAAGGGUAAGAUUGUGGACUCCAAAGUGGAGAAAACUGACCGACGGAUUCUGAGACAAAACUCGUAACCGGGUUGGCGCUCACGAAUCGUGCUCGAGAUGACCCUCCUCCUCAUUCCUGCCGUGUGCUCUGAUCUGAGCCUGAGCCUGAGCUUGAGCUGCUCGAGAGGUUGUGACACAGUGCUAGGCCUUCGGACAACCUUCACACUACUACAUGUAGAGUAGAUUUCAAUCAACAAUAUUAGACAGUAGGAGUCGUAGUAGUUUGAUUGUUUGGUUAACUCGUUUAUUCGUUGGUCGUGCUCUGGUAGAUGAUGCAAGGCCCUACUUGUUUCUCGAAGUAAAUGCAAUUGAAUUACAAUUGCAGCUCGUCAGCUCAGAUAAAACAAUCAUCGAUCCACUAGAGAGCAAGCAGCCCCUUUCACCACCUGCUGAUGGAUGAUGGAUGGUCAUCUCUCGUUGUAAACACACCAACCAUUGUACUCAUCUAGUUGAACCCACCCUUGUAAGUGAACCCAAUUUUAUUAAGUGAACCCCAAUUUUUAAAUUUUAUCCAUUCCCAUUUCAUCUUGUCCAUUCACUAUUUUCCACAGAUAUUCCUUAUCUGUCUGGAGUUUUCGUAGCCUUUUCUUCCUUCCUUUCCCCAGGUUGUCGACCGCAUUCAGAUUGUUUUCAUUACUUUUUUUCCUUUGGAUUGAACAUGUCUCGUCCAAAGGCGAAGUCCGACGGUUUUUUCCCAACCGAGAGGAAGGACGAUGCCCUGGUGAGCCGAUUCAAGUUGGAACGUCAGGCCCAUGGGAGAGAUUUCACCAGGUUUUUUCCUCCA